AUGACGCAUAAAUACCUGGGCAGGCAAACCUUUCCUCGCUACUGCCCAUUUUCUUCCCACCCCGGCCACAAAGUCCUGGGCCAACUCAUCGUGUUUGACAGCAAUAUAGGCUCUGCUCUGUCAGCAGAACAGAUCGACGAAUAUUUCAACUAUGUUCAAGUACCAAGUAUUUAUCUGCGAGAUAAGGGACCCGAACUAAAUCUUGCGUUCCUUUCAACAAUUCAAUCCUGUCAUCUCUCCGCAAUUCCCUAUAAAAAUCUCGCUCUCCACUAUACGGGAAACCCUCAUGUAUCGCUAGAUGUUGUGCAUAUCUAUAACAAAGUGGUCGUAAACCGUCGUGGUGGCUACUGUAUGGAGAAUAACAUAUUCUUCCAUCACGUUCUUCGGUUUUUCGGGUUCCGGGUAUAUCUCACAGGAGCACGACUUCAUCGUACGAGUGGCAGUCAGCCCUCCGGUUGGUCAGGCUGGGAACAUUCGGUCAAUAUCGUGACCCUAUCUGGUCAUCACUGGUACUUGGUUGAUGUUGGCUAUGGUGGAAAUGGCCCAAGAGCCCCUCUACCUCUUACCCCGGACGUGCCUUUCCAAAAUAUCGGGGCUCAAGAACUACGAUUGGUCCAUCACCAAAAGCCAAAUAAUGGUGGCGUACAACCCAAUGCAUGGCUAUACCAGUUUCGGAACGGUGUGGAUCAGCCAUGGGUGUCUGCAUAUGUGUUUACCGACAUCGAAUUCACUCGUCGGGAUUUCGAAGUCAUGAACCUUUUUGCAAGUCGCAGCCCGGACUGCCCCCUGACAUCUAAGUUGCUGGUUGCCAAGUUUCUGCGUAUGGAUGACAUUAUCUAUGGGAAGCUCAUCCUGGACCAUGACCGCAUAAAGAAAAACACUGGCGGGAAAACAAUGCUGGUCCAGACCUGCACAACCGAAGAGGAAAGUAUCAACGCCCUAGAAGAGCAUUUUGGGAUAAGGCUAACGGAAGAGGAGCAGUCCGGCAUCAAGGGAAGAAUUUCGUCAUUGGCCUGCUGA